UUUAUGUGUGGCCCAAGACAGUUCUUCUUCCAAUGUGGCCCAGGGAAGCCAAAAGAUUGGACACCCUUGGAUUAGAGCAAGGAACACCCAUAUGCCUGCCACCUACAUUCAGCAGUUUCAAGUAUUUUGCUAUAAUUGCUUCCUGUAUGUUUGUAUAAUUGACUAAAACAUUUCUAAGUAAAAUGCAGUGCCAUGCUAUUUCAUCUCUGAGUUCUUAACCAUGAAUCUCCUAAAUAUAAGGAUAUUCUCUUGCAUAAUCACAAUGUUAUUACUAUACCUUAAAAAAUUCAAGAGUGGGCCUCAGCCUGGGCAAGCCUUCCCCCAGCCGACCUCUGUGCCCUAGGAACCAUAGGGACCCAAUGGGCCAGCUCACUUGGGUGGGUGCGGUGGCACCAACCAUGGGUACUUUAGAAGAAGGCUUCAUUGUGCCCUUCUUCUCUGACUCUGAUGCACAUUUUGAUGCUGUGGUUGGAUAUUUAGAGGACGUUAUCAUGGAUGAAGACUUCCAGUUAUUACAGAGAAAUUUCAUCAACAACUACUACCAGGAGUUUGAGGACACCGAGGAGAAUAAACUCACCUACAUACCUAUUUUUAACGAAUAUAUUUCUUUGGCAGAAAAGUAUAUAGAAGAACAGUUGCUGGAGCAAAUUCUUGGCUUUAACAUGGCAGCUUUCACAACGUUACAGCACCACGAAGAUGAAGUGGUUGGUGACGUACUCCAAAUGCGGCUCACAUUUACAGAUUCUCCAGCUUUUAAAGAAAUGUUUCUGGACUGCAGAGCAGAAAAAGAAGGCCAGAGACUGGACUUAAGCCGUGGUUUAGUGGAGACUUCAUUGUGCAAAUCAUCUUCUAUGCCAGCUUCCCAGAACAAUCUGCAGCACUGGGACCUACCUCCAGACAAUGAAUGGGAUCAUUCUCAAUGUCACAGGCUCAGUAGUUCAAUAGGCUCGGCUCAUGAUGACAGAACAUAUCCCGGAAAAACUGAUUCUGUUCUGCAACCCUUCAUUCGCAUUAAGCAUUGAUAGGUAAAAGUCAACAUGACCUAACCCUCCUGGACUUAUUUAUCCUG